AUGUCUAAGAGUGAGGUUGCAGCUGCUCUUUGGAGAAGACUGCAAGGCAAGGUUGCAAUAAUCACAGGAGGGUCGGGAGGCAUUGGAGAGGCCACUGUUCGGCUAUUUGCAAAUCAUGGAGCCAAAGUCAUUAUUGCAGACAUUGCAGACGGGGCUGGUAUCAAGUUGGCGGAAUCCCUUUCUCUCUGCGCGACAUAUAUCCACUGUGACGUAAGCAAGGAGCAAGAUGUAAGCGCAACAGUGGAUUUGGCCGUGGAAAAUCACGGAAAACUGGACACAAUCUGCAAUCGACACAGAUCUGCCAAGCUGGAGGCCGCGAUUGAGAUGGUAGCACCCUUAAGGGAAGCCAGUCUUAAAGCAGAGGAUAUUGCAAACGCUGCUUUGUAUCUGGCCAUUGAGGAUUCCAAAUAUGUGAGCGUUCACAACAUGGUGGUGGAUGGGGGGAUAACAGUUGUAUUAGAUGAAAGUGCAGUGUUUGGAAAGUACUAA